UGAGGUAUCAUGGAGCAGUACGUGCUACACUAUGUUAAUGUCAUGGAAAUUCCCUCGCUCGUUCGCUGGCUGCCUCUAAUCAAUAAACAUCGGACCGGACCGUCGUCUUCCGCCGGCCGGCCGCUCGUGCUCAUAAAUUGCCGCCGGCAGCUUUCCUUCCCUCCGCCCUUUAUAGUACACCACGCGUACUCUCCUAGGUAGACGACGACGGUUGACGGUCGUGAGAUUUUCUCCUAGCUACCUACCUACGCAUUCGCAUCCGACGAUGCGGAAGGACUUCUCCUGCUUCCGCGACGGCGCCGUCACCACCCUCGCCGUCGCCGAGCCGGGCUCCUCCGCCGACCGCCUCGACCGCUCGCUCCAGGCCGCCACCGCCUGCGUCUACCGGGUCGCGCUGGCCUCGCGCAAGGACCUGCUCGUCACCGUCACCUGGACCCGCCGCUCCGUGGUCACCACCUCCGUCGCCGACGCCGCUGCCGCCGGGGCCACCGGGCUCUCCGUCGCCGUCGAGGAAGUGCAGGCAGAGGCCUCCACAAAGCCGACGCUCCCCCCGUCGUCCGCGGUCGCCACGCCGCGGAGGGCGGCGGUGAAGCCCGCGGCCGCGGCGACCGCGCAGCAGCGGGUCGUGCACCUGAUGCACAAGAGGCGCGGGACCCGGUCGUUCGUCACGGAGGGCGGCACGGCCGUGGCCGUCCACUGGGACACGUCGGAGGCCAAGUACGCGGCGGCCUCGCCGGAGCCCUGCGGCGGGGAGUACCACCUGGCCGUGGUGGCCGACGCGGAGCUCGCGCUGCUCCUCGGCAGCGGGGCCGCGCGGGAGGAGCUGUCCCGCCGCUUCGGCGCCGCCUCGCGCGCGGCCCUUGUCAGCCGGCGCGAGCAGCUCCGCGCGCCGUCCCCGUCGUCCGCGGAGGCGGCGUCGGUGGCGCACAGCACGCGGUGCCGGUUCCGGGACGGCGGGGCGGAGCACGAGGUGACGGUGCGCUGCCGCGGCGACCGGCGGGGCGCGUCGUCAAGGGGCGAGCACGCCGACGGGGAGGUGGCGGUGAGCGUGGACGGGAAGAGCAUAGUGGAGGCGCGGCGCGUGGGGUGGAACUUCCGCGGCAACCGCACGGCCGUGCUGGGCGACGGCGCGGUGGUGGAGGUGAUGUGGGACGUGCACGACUGGUGGUUCGCCGGGGGCGUCGGCGCGGCGCAGUUCAUGGUGAAGGCACGCGGGCCCGGGCCGGCGGACGGCGGGCGGGUGUGGAUGGACGAGGAGCUGGCCAGCAAGGGCCAGCCCCCCGCCGGCUUCUUCCUCCACAUGCAGUGCUACCGCCGGUGACCGCCGAGAUAUUCCAUCCAAAUUGUUAUUACUAGCUAGCUGUAUGUAUGCAUGUACUCUGACCUCCGGUCGCCGUGAUUCUCCCUCCGUCGAACACACAAAGCAAAAGAAGCCGCCAUUUUUUAUCCAUCCGCCCGCCCAAUUGACAAAGAUCCCGUCCCUUUCCCGACGUUGAUAGUUCAUCAUAUCAUAUGGCGAUUUGACUUCGGAAUCCAAGAGCCAAUCAAAUCAAGAACGACCUGAGACAUUUUUAGUUUUUUACCAGAUCGACAAGGAGAUCACCAUCGGCAUCAUCUGACAUGUGCUGCUAAUUAAGCGGCUUCCAAAUGGAGUAGUAGUGUGUUUGGCCGGGAAAGAGGUUGGGCUGCCUGCCUGCCUGCAUCACCGAUCGUGGUUGACUGCCGGCCUACCUCGGCCAGUCGGCCGGCAUUACUGCGGGGAGCAGGCAGCUCGAGUCACGAGGCUGGCGGUCGCACGCUCACGGAGGCGUUGCGUUUGGCAGGGAGCGCUUUACGCCACUGAUCUACUCUGCCUCGAUCGGCCGGCCGCCAUUAAUGAACAGGCUCGGAGACGGCGUGCAUGCAUGCAGCUACCGGUGGAUGGACGGACGGAUGCCGGCCGCUCCGGCCGGGGCGGGUCGCGGUCGGCAGGUCGGAGCAUUUAAGACGGCCACGGGCGCAGCUACGCUGCCGGUCGACGACGGCGGCCGCGCGCAGCAGACCAGAUGGCGUCCGGUCCGGUCAGGUCAGUCAAGGGUUUGACCGCCACGUCGGGCUCUGAGUUUGGGCCCCACCGAUCAUCGACGGUACUACUAGUACUAAAUUUGUGCCCCUGUAAUCUCCAACCGGACCCUAUUCUCUCCCAUUUGUCCGGGAGGGCAACUCGGACGCCUCUUCGACCCAAAAACCGCAACCGAUCAAACUCUUCAUACCGGUCAAAAUGUUGGGGUUGUUCGGCACGCCUCAAACACAGCCCAUAUAUCUGGCAUCACGACGAUGACGAAGCCGCUCCGGAGACCUCAAGGGGGACAAACCGGCGAGGUCUGACGCCCCCUCGCUCCAUCUUUUAUCUAUCUUAGUGUUUCGAUGAACUUGGUGUGUCCAAUCUUUUGUUAACUUGCUAUCCUAUGUCCUGUUGUAAUUAAACUUGCUAUGUAUGAUCUAUGAUCUAUGCUAUGUUGAAUUUAUCUUCCUA